CUAACAACUGACAUUUAUUUCGUUUGGGGAAUGCCCUUAAUAAAUCAGACUCACAAAAAAAGGCUUGGGAAGUUCAGUCGUGCCUAUUUUUUAGUUUAGUUUUGGACUUUUCCGAGAAAGGACCAAGCAGGCAAAUAUCAUUACGAUGGCGCUCAAGUUCAAUGAGGCUCUUGAAAUGCUUAUAGAAAAUCUAUCUAAUAAUCCAACACCAGAACAUAAAAGUUAUGUGCAGGAUGCUUCCGACAUAUCCGAGAAAAUAUGCCAAGAAUUCACCAACAUCGACUCUAUUUUCAAGGGUACAAUCAGCAAUUUGGACAAGACAUAUAUGUUUUUCAAUAUUUCUUUUCCGAAAAUGGUAGAGCCGCUCCUUUGGCUUAAAAUGCCAUUUAAAGUAGAGCCUCAGCGCCUUCAUAUUCCCCAAUACAAGGUCUUUCAUCUGAAAACAUCUGUGGCACAUCCGGCAGUUGUGAAUAACUUUGUGAAGGGUGACAAGCUAGCCAAAUUGUUCUUUACGGAUUUGAGCAAAGUCAUUGGCAGAGUUUCUCAGAUCGAGUGUAAAAGCGGAAAAUCAUAUAGCAUUGAACAUGGCAUGGAUAUGGGGAAGAACUUUAUAAUUAACGCCUAUGAAGCUGGACAGGUCGUAGAGGCAAUUUCUUAUACUUUCAGUCUACAAUUCAGUUUCUUUGACCAUUCUAUUUUGUACGCAACCAACAACAAUUUAUUCUUCCAAGAAACCGAAUCGGAUAGACCAAAGAAAUUGGCAACCAUUCACAUGAUAGUCCACACAUUAUUGAUACAAUUAAAGGUGUAUUUAUCCUUGUCGAUUAAAGUUGGUGCAUACCUAUUUGAUUCUAUCAAUUGGAAAUUGGUUACCAACGCCGGUGAUACAUUGCUCGAGGUUUUAAUGAAGGUUAUUUCGAUAAUGCCAAACCCCGAGCCCAUGAAAUCGGUUUACCUGAAGUUAUUGCAGCUUAAACAAUUAGAUUCAGUCGAAAUGCCAGAACUAAAAGCUCUUUUCGGGCUGCAUUAAAUAUCCAAAUGAGGACGAUUAAAUUAAAUAAAGAACAAGCAUACAAGGAUUUUAGACACUUCGAACGUCAACAAAAAAAUAUAUUUUGGUUUAUACUUUGCGAUGAAUUUAAAUUGGCCACAUUGAAAUGGAUUACACAAAGAAUUACUCAGAGU